AUGGACUCGGCGGGGCUGGACGCGGGCUACGAGGUCCUGAGCGAGUAUGCCCACGGCUUCAUGGUGUCCCAGGUUCUCUUUGCCGCCUGUGACUUAGGGAUCUUCGACCUCCUGGCCGAGACGCCGGAGCCCCUGGACGCGGCCACCGUGGCCGCACGCCUGGGCACCAGUGCCCGCGGGACGGGGCCUCUGCUGGACACCUGUGUGUCCCUGAAGCUGCUGACCGUGCGGACGAGGGCCGGUGUGGCCGUGUACAGCAACGGGCCACUGGCCAGCACCUACCUGGUCAGCAGCAGCCCGUAUGGUCAGCGGCACAUGGUCCAGUACCUGGGCAGCACCACCUACCGCUGCUGGACUCACCUGGGAGACGCUGUGAGGGAAGGCAGGAACCAGUACCACCGGGCGUUCGGCGUGGCCGCUGACCAGCUCUUCUCGGCCAUCUAUAGGACCUCGGCCGAGCGCGUCUGCUUCCUGCGUGGCCUGCAGGAGGUCUGGGCAGUGCAUGGCCGCCGCCUGCUCACGGCCUUCGACCUCACGCCCUUCCGGACCGUGUGCGACCUGGGAGGUGGCUCCGGUGCCCUGGCACGGCUCUGCGUGUCUCUGUACCCUGCCUGCACGGCCACCGUGCUGGACAUCCCCGAGGUGGUGGACACGGCCAGGAUGGAAUUCUCCCGCGGGGAGACGGAGGAGGAGGAGGAGGAGGAGGAUGACCGCGUGAGCUUCCGAGCAGGAGAUUUCUUCCGGGACCCGCUGCCCGAGGCGGACCUCUUCCUCCUGGCCCGUGUCCUGCACGACUGGACGGACGCCCGGUGCUCCCAGCUGCUGGCCGGCGUGUUUCGGAGCUGCAGGGCAGGUGGCGGCGUGCUGGUCAUCGAGGGCGUCCUGGACGCGGACGGCCGGGGCCCGCUGACCACCCAGCUCUUCUCCCUCAACAUGCUGGUCCAGACCGAGGGGCAGGAGCGGACCCUGGCCCAGUACACGCAGCUCCUGGAGGCCGCCGGGUUCCGCCGUGUCGCCCACCGCCAUCCCGGGGGGCCCUACCACGCCGUCCUGGCCCGCAAGUGA